CGACAAUUCUAAAUACUCUCAAAUAAUUAUCAGAACUGAUGUCUCAGAAGUAAACACUGAAAGGAUAAAGAAUCAAUGAAGUGUCUCAAAACAUAUUUUCACAAGUUUGUUCUGUGCUGCCGUACGCGGUUUCCAAGAUGCGCUAGACUGUGCGGGCCUGAUAAAUCCUUCACGAAUCAAAUUAUUCGAAGCAUGCUACUUUAUUUCUAUGGUUUGCUGCUGGGUAUUUUAUUCUGGAGACACGUUCUUCUGAAACUAUGGAUGUCCUUCGAUUUCGUAUUUCCCGUGGGCAUCGCGAUAUGUUUGUUUCUUGGCUAUGGCUGCGCACUUUCUGUUCAAAUACGUUGUUAUAGCUCUCUGUGCCUAACAGGGUUCCUGGGGAAAGCUGGCAGGGGCAUGCUGAAAGCUAUCGUUUUGACCUGCAUACUCACCGGGCCGAUUAACAACAUCUGUUUGAAUGCACGCGAGGUCGUACGAGUAUUCACGUGUUCUACAGAGCUGACGUACAAUCUGAGUAAGGCUCGAUUUGAUUUGAUGGCCAAACCCUUUCAAAAUGCAUUGCUAGGAAGUAAAAACAAUCUAGAACAAGUGAAGGAGGAAUUUGUUGGGAUUGUGGACAUUAUUGAACCGAUUAAAGAAGAAGUCACAGGCUAUGACAACGAUUCCAAUUAUCGACAGAGCAGGCAAUCAGGUGAGCAGUACCGAAAACGAUACGUACAAAAACUAAGAAAUCGGUGUGAAGCCCAACUCCAAAAUGGUGUCAAGCGAUGUGAGCAGACAUUCCAGAAAGUGUAUGAUGAUUGUCAUGAAAAGCUUCCGAUACUGGUAAAUUAUUUGCUCUGUUGGCCGAUGAAGCUGGAUUUGAUGUGUGGUGCGAGUCAAGUAUUCGGAAAUAAGGAUGCAAUCUGCUCUGCUGAAAAUGUUGUUGAUUCAGAAUUUGGAGAAGAUUAUGUUCAGCUCAUAGGAGAAAAAGAGAAACUGACAGGGAAUUUGGAGGAUGUGAAUAUCCAAUAUGAGUUCGUUGACAUUCAACAUCAAGAGGGAUAUCUGACAGCCAAGGAAACGAGUAAACAGAUUAGGAAAGAGUUUGAACGGAAAAAGGAAUCUUUUGACAUGAUAGUGUACAUUUGGGAGAAAUUUUUUGCGCUAGUUAUUUUGAGAGUUACCCUGAAUGCGCUCUCAUAUCAUCAAAAAUAUUUGAAGAAGAUCGAUUUCGAAAACCACUACAUUUCGGAAUACUUCAUUCACAUUGAUCAGCGAAGAAUUUAUCAGGGAAAAGUGAACAUCUUACCACUCCGACGAAUCGAGCGUUCGCAUUUGGUUGAUUUGGAAUCGGCUUCAUGUACCCGGCUUGAAUUUCGAAAAAUUAUCGUUCAAUUGUUGACGCUUGUUCUCCAAAGCACAUCGGCUUCCGUUUUUGUACUACUUGAUGCUUUAUUUUUCGAAACGCUUGAUAUUGUAUCCCGGAACUCUAGAGUAGAGUUUAAGCAGGAAGGACAUCACGAUAUAAACGUGACCGUUACCGGCACUGGUGUUAUUGCAAUGAUGGUAAGACGAUCGGUGGAAGGCUUCAAAUCUCAAUUUCGUGUCGAUGUGCUGACUUCCAACGAAGAAUGUUUGCCGCGGCCUCACAAACUGGAUGAUUGGGAUUUGGCAAAAAUCUACUUACUUUUACUAGGCGUUGCAGUUUUAGUAUUGAAUGAAGCGUAUAUCAAUAGGCUAAAGCGAUUAAUUUGCGCUUGGUUUUAUCCCAAGCGUGAGAAGCAACGUAUUUUGUACCUCUACAAUCGCAUGCUUAAACGAAGAAAACAAUUACAUCGUUCACUGGUGGAAAAGCUCAAAGAAUACAUUCGGAUGAUGAAAUAUGGCGCAACCUUGGAUUUUUUGAAUCGCCUGCAAUUCUACUUACCAGCAUGUUGUGGCUGGAUUAGAAUGGUUCAUAAAAAAUCAUGCAGCCUAUGUGGCUACAACAAAGCAAAAACUUUGAACGAGUGUAAUAAUUACAACUGUUUCUUGGCAUAUUGUGAUGAGUGCUGGCAAGAUGUAAAGCAAGAGUGUCUUGCAUGCAAGGCGGGAUCAGUACUUGACCACGACUGUUCGAUUGAUCACUGAGUUUGUUAAGAACAAUAAUAA